CUUGGUGAACGCAGCGAGGAUGCUACCAUUGGUCUCUAACUCUGACACGUCUUUCCUACUGUUUUAUGGCAAUUAUUUAGGAGAUUCGUUGAACUAACAAGAUAGCUAGACAACAACACACUAGGAUAAAGACUUGGAGACAGAAUGGCAUCAGAAUCUCCGCGCAGACCAAGCCGCUGUGCUGGAGGGGUUGUGGUGCGAGCACAAGCUGCCACUGAGCAGUCGUAUAUGGAGAGUGUUGUGACCUUCCUCCAAGAUGUGGUCCCUCAGGCAUACACUGGCGCACCCCCAACUGAUGAAAAAGAGAAAAUAGUUUGGGUCAGAUUUGAGAAAGCUGACAUCAAUGAUACGUCCCGCUCCCCAGAGUUCCUGGAGAUGCACAGUGGCAGCAGUGACCCUCCCCUCUGCCUCAUGAUUGGUUAUGCAGACGGGAUGCAGAUCUGGAGCAUAUCCCUGGGUGGGGAGGCCCAGGAGCUUUUCUCUGUGCGCCACGGACCUGUGAGAGCUGCCCACAUCCUGCCGGCGCCCCAUAUCAGUCCGCUGAUGAUUGAUAGUUUUGCGGACAAAAGGCCUCUCCUGGGGGUGUGCAAGAGUACCGGGUCCUCAGGGACCAGCCCCCCAUACUGCUGUGUGGACCUGUACUCUCUGAGGACAGGGGAGAUGGUCAAGUCCAUCCAGUUCAAGACGCCCAUCUACGACCUGCACUGCAAUAGGGAGAUUCUAGUUGUCGCCCUGCAGGAGAAGAUUGCUGCAUUCGACAGCUGUACCUUCACCAAAAAGUUCUUUGUUACAAGCUGCUUUCCAUGUCCGGGCCCCAACCUAAACCCCAUAGCACUGGGAGGACGCUGGCUAGCCUACGCUGAGAAUAAGUUGCAUCCGGUGUCACCAGUCUCGAGGCGGUGCCUGCGGGGACAAUGCCCAGUCUUACACAGCUACAGUCAUCAGCGCUGCUAAAGUAAGUCAAACACA